UAAAAAGUAAAAAAAAAUGUCGUUGAUCCGUCAAACUCAUGUAGAUUGUAGGGGUUCAGUGCUCCUCGAUCCUCAUUCGGUGCUCAUCCUCAUUUCUCACACCGGGCCCGUUGAGCUUUCUCUUCGCAGACGUCGAAAAUGGCCCUGAGGUGCCUCAUGAUGAACUUUAGGAGGAACGCUACGUUUUACAGGGAGUUCUCGUCUGAGAAGAAAGAGUAUCACGUAACGUUUGUGUCAAAGGAUGGCACCAAGAUCAAAGGGAAAGGGAAAGAAGGGGACAGUUUAUUGGACGUUGUUGUGAACAAUGAUUUAGACUUCGACGGAUUUGGUGCUUGUGAAGGAACAUUGACCUGUUCAACGUGCCAUGUGAUUCUCAAAAAAGAAGAUUAUGACAAACUGCCUUGCAAACCAUCGGAAGAGGAAAACGAUAUGCUAGACCUUGCUUUUGGUUUGACAGACACUUCUAGAUUAGGAUGUCAAAUUGAAUUGUCCAAGCAACUUGAUGGUCUUGAGGUCCAACUCCCUGAUAGUGUAAAUGAUGCUAGAUCAUAGUAGCAAUUGGAUAAAAUUGAGAUAAUUGGAUACCAAAUAUUUUUUAAUAACAUAGAAUUUAUCUGUAACAAAUGACCACACUUUCUCGUGUAUGUCAAGAAUGUGAUAACUACUUUUUUCAUUCAAAAUGUUUCUCAAAACUCAUACCAGUAACCUUAAGUUGAAGAAAAAAGUGUGUGUGACAAAAGGAAACAAAACCAGUGAAUAAUACAAACACAAUGUCCUUAAUGCAGGAUCAGGAGGUACUAAUGGUUAGUGCACUUUAAAAUCACAAUAAAUGUAAUAAAAUUAUUGAAUUUA